CCCGGCCCGCUGUCUGCGGCCGGCGGGCAGGCGACUCCUGUCCCGAGUGGAGGCGGCGGAGCCGGAGCCAGGGGAGGGGGCAGCGGCUGUCUGACGGACCGCGGUGGCGCCCGCAGCUCCUCACUGGUCUAGCUCCUGCUGCACCGGACAGGCCUUGCUGGGCAAGUGCCUCUGAGAACCUGAGGAGGUGGCUUCCUGAGCUGCAGCUUUCCAAGCAGGCUCCAGCGGAGCGAUCAGAGAAACAAGGAGACAAGUGCCGGUCCAGUGGCUGUGAUGGGAAAGGAUUAUUACAAGAUUCUUGGGAUCCCAUCGGGAGCCAACGAAGAUGAGAUCAAGAAAGCCUAUCGGAAGAUGGCCUUGAAGUACCACCCAGACAAGAACAAAGAACCCAAUGCUGAGGAGAAGUUUAAGGAGAUUGCAGAGGCCUAUGAUGUGCUGAGUGACCCUAAGAAACGGGGCCUGUAUGACCAGUAUGGGGAGGAAGGCCUGAAGACCGGCGGUGGUUCAUCGGGUGGCUCCAGUGGCUCCUUUCACUACACCUUUCAUGGGGAUCCCCAUGCCACCUUUGCCUCCUUCUUUGGUGGCUCCAACCCCUUCGAUAUCUUCUUUGCCAGCAGUCGGUCCACUAGACCCUUCAGUGGCUUUGACCCAGAUGACAUGGAUGUGGAUGAAGAUGAGGAUCCAUUUGGCGCCUUUGGCCGCUUUGGCUUCAAUGGGCUGAGUAGGGGUCCAAGGCGAGCCCCAGAACCAUUGUACCCUCGGCGUAAGGUACAGGACCCACCUGUGGUGCAUGAGCUGCGGGUGUCCCUCGAGGAGAUCUACCACGGCUCCACCAAGCGCAUGAAGAUCACAAGGCGGCGCCUCAAUCCUGAUGGGCGAACUGUGCGCACCGAGGACAAGAUCCUGCACAUUGUCAUCAAGCGUGGCUGGAAGGAAGGCACCAAGAUCACCUUUCCCAAAGAGGGUGAUGCCACACCUGACAACAUCCCUGCUGAUAUCGUCUUUGUGCUCAAAGACAAGCCCCAUGCACACUUCCGUCGAGAUGGCACCAACGUGCUCUACAGUGCCCUGAUUAGCCUCAAGGAGGCGCUGUGUGGCUGCACUGUGAACAUUCCCACUAUCGAUGGCCGGGUGAUCCCAUUACCGUGCAAUGAUGUCAUCAAGCCAGGCACCGUGAAGAGACUCCGUGGGGAGGGCCUUCCCUUCCCCAAAGUGCCCACCCAGCGAGGAGACCUCAUUGUCGAGUUCAAAGUUCGCUUCCCAGACAGAUUAACACCACAGACACGACAGAUACUUAAGCAGCACCUACCCUGUUCCUAGGCUCUGCCCUAGCCAGCCCAGAGUCUACCACAGCAAUACCCCCUACACUCACUCCACCCAAUGUGCACCCAGCUUGAUGUCCACCGGACACUGGCAACUUUUUCUAAAAUGAAAAAAAAAAAAAAAAAGCCACUGGAUUUUCAGGAAAAUGUUCCUGUCCCUGACCCCUUUCAGAGCUGGGCUGCCUUGGGGAAGUGGGUGGGAGGUGGGGAGAGCUAGCCCAGGGGUCAAUUUUCAUGUCACUAGCUUUGAAUCCAGUUCCCAUGACAGUGGCUGGAGAGUGACCUGAGUGCUACUUGAAGAUACCGAGAUUCCCUGUCUAUGCCUGUAAAUAGCAUGUCCUCUUUCCCCUCUCAGCUUUGGGAAUACCUCUCCUCUCCCUUCUCUUCAGCUUCCUCCUACUGGGGGACAAAGAAGAUAGAAAGGACACUGCUUCCCCACCCCCGCCUCACCCCUAGGUCCACCAUGUCUAAAGUUAAUGCACACACAUUCAUGCACACAAAGCACUCACCUAGAGCUAUUUGUGCCUCUGCGGAGUUGAGAUAGGAAGGGAAGGUCCGUAACCCAUGAACCGGGCCACUGAGCACGAGACACUUUUCAUUUGGGGCAGGAAGGUGAACAGGGCCCUUGGCAGCCUCCCUGAGAGCUCCCCUACCCAGAUCCCACAGAGCUGAAAGUUCUGUCCUCCCUGCUGCUCUCAGGAGCGUGCAAGGGUGGAGGGAGGGGAAGAGGGCCUGCUAGUAUUAAGGCUAAGAGGUAGGGGGCAGGGUCCAUCUCCCAGCCUUCAGCAGGAAGGGAAAGGGCUUUGGGGUCAGGUGGCAGCUAUUCCCCACCAAGAGAUUCAGGGUCACAGGUUUCUCCCCACACCUCUGAACUCAGGGCCUAGCCACCCCCAAACUUCCAAAUCCCAUUUUGUGAUAUGUGAAGCUACUUAUUUCUUACCCUUCAUGGAGGCUGCGUGGGAGAAUUUCCAGCCCUUUGAUGCCUGUGUGACCCCACCCCACUCCCACAGUUGUAUCAAGGUCAAAUAGUGAAGAAGCUAGGGGAAGACGGCUUUAGCCAGGUCCUGGGGUGGGGUCUUUAGGUUUUCUCACUUUGACAAGCCCCUGAAUGUUUUUAUAGUAGUUUUUUUGUAUUUUUUUGUAAUGACAGUAUUAUGAAAAAAAAAAUAAAGUAUUUUAAAAAUAAGGCGUCUGAGCAGGAGCAAUGAACCUGGGAUGGGGGCAGGUGUGAGGUACCACUCAACUUCCUCCCAGGGCCCUGGUCACCUCUGAGAAAUCCAGGCAGU